CCUUAAUAAAGUCUGGUAACCCUUAGCAAGCCAUAAUAAGCCUUAGUAGCCCUUAACAAUCUCACACAACAGUGGACGUGUACUACACAAGUACAGAUAACAAGUGUUUUCUCCUGUGAUAUUUACACUUUUCUGGAGGGUAAAGACUCUCACAAUGCCUCUCAAUACAAAGGAGGUGCUGCAUUUGGUCGAGCAGCUGUGUGAAGAGAAACAGCUGCGUGUAGCUGUUAGAGAGAGCGUCAAGGGAGGAAUGUUGGCAGGAGGGACCACACUUAUUGGUGGUCUUCUCGGUGGUCCCUUCGGUCUGGCACUGGGUGGAGCUGUUGGAGGACUGACUGCAGCCUAUCUAUCUCAAGGUAAAUUCAAGAGUGUAGUAUCUAUCAUCAGACACGACCUGACUGCAGCACAACGACAACGCCUGGCAAAUUCUGUUCAUAUGUUCCUGCAAAGUUGGUCAAUAAAGGAUGUGGCUGAAGCGUCAAGGCUCUUACUGAGCCCCACAGCCAAGGCUAUACUUCUCCAAAUCGCUCUCCAGUUUGUCAUUGCUGCUGUUGGCAUUAUUUUCCGGAAAAGUCAAGAGAAAAGGAAGGUGAAGAGGCUGGAAAGUUCACCUUCCUCCUCCAGGAUAUAAUUGUGAUUAACCUGAAGGACCUGCCUUUGAAGAAUGUUUAAAGUUUACAUUACAACUUAAUGUAGAAGGAUAUACAUAUACACUCCAAGAGGUGUAUAUCUUAAUGUAUAUAUGUUGAGAAUUUACUCUAAUCCUUAGUUUAGAGAUUAACAUAGUUUCUCCAGUAACUGUGUAAUGUACAUAAGAGGGACAUAACAAUGAGUACAUGUAUUGAAUUUCAAAAGCAAUGAAUUUUGUUGUGGAUUUAUGCUAUAUUCUUUCAUGGACAGUAUUAUAUUCAGUGUUAAAUACUAAACCCAUAAGAGCCAUACAGCAUCUGGGAAGUGGUGGAUGAUAACAUUUGAUCUGAGGAAGGAAAGGGUAUUUUUAAUUUCUUGGAUCAAAAGCCCUCCACUAGCAUCAAGACCCACCCUUGAAAUGACUCGUGUAUAGUUUCUGGCUCCUCUAAUGAGCUUUAUUAAUGGGUAUGUAUCUGUUACUAAAGAGAAAGAAAUUUAAUUCUCUCAUAUGACCCAUGAAGCUGUCAACUUUCACCUUGCCUUAUACUGAACAAAAGAUAUACAGUGGACCCCCGCUUAACGAUCACCUCCCAAUGCGACCAAUUAUGUAAGUGCGUUUGUACGUGUAUGUUUGUGGGUCUGAAAUGGACUAAUCUACUUCACAAUAUUCCUUAUGGGAACAAAUUCGGUCAGUACUGGCACCUGAACAUACUUCUGGAAUGAAAAAAUAUCAUUAACCGGGGGUCCACUGUAUAUAAGCCUUGUACUGAACAAAAGAUAUAUAUAUGCCUUGUACUGAACAAAAGAUAUAUAAGCCUUGUCCUCAACAAAAGAUAUAUAAGCCUUGCAUUGGACAAAAGAUAUAGAUAAGCCCUGUACUAAAAAAAAAAUAGAGAAGAUUAGUGCUGGCAAAAAAUACUGCAGACUCUGGAGUCCAGAGUCACUGUGGACAAGAUCAUCAACAAAGCCUCCACUGGAUGGAAGUUUUUCUUGGUGGACAGUUACCAAGAUCAA